AUGCCAACUGAUCGCCUACUGUCGACCCUUCUGCGGUCGCUUCAGACCUACACUGACCAGCAAGAUACCCCACGUAUCCUCGGAACGGCGUCUUCGUUGUUGACCACCCUUGGAAACCCUCACAAUCUGAGCCUCCUUACGUCGCAUCUUCUCACAGCACCUGCUCUCUGGGAUCGUCCGGAAGGCGUCCGAACCCCUCUCCGGCUGCUCUCCGUCUUCCACACUGCAGUAACGGCCGUCAUAAACCAUCAUAACGAUAUACGGUGGAACAAAGCUCCCGAAUUACUGCCUGGACAAACGCCUGUCAGUGGAGGCAUUUCAUUAGAUGAUUGGGUGCGUGCUGUCGUUGCUGGGGCCGAUGAACGCAGUCAAAGAUGGAAACACCUAAUAGUAUUGGGAGGAUUGUUGAUUUCCAUGGGAAGUCUAGAAGAGCAGGGUUUGGAUCUAUACUGGGCUUCUGGUAUCAAGAAGAGAGUAGAAGGAGCACUGGUACGUGCUAUUAAUCUCGCAUUGGUCGAGGUGAGAGAAAGAUCGGAGGCAGAUGGACUCGGGGGCCAGACCAUCGUUCUGGUUCUGAAUCAUGCUUUCGGCUGUCUAUCAGACGCGGAGAAAGCGCAGCUGGAUUAUGAUCUACUACUCCCGGUACUCAUUGGCACUGCCUACUUUUCGAAUGAAGGGUUUCAGUCGGCAUACUUCAUGGGAGGUUUGAAUCUGGAUAUCAAAGUAGAUGGGGGGAAGCUGAAUUGGGAUGCCCGUUCAAGCUCUUGCCGCCAAGUGGAGGCAAUCAUGGCAAGGCCAUUAGUAUCGUCAAUGGGACCGCUAUCUAGGAUCACUGCGCACGCGGUGGAGAACGUGCGCGAACCAUGGAUAAUCCAGGCCAUGAUGGACGACUUGGCAAGCUUUGCGAGGGCGCUUACUACUCAGUGGCGACAAAUCAACUUUUCCGAGAUUGACCCAGCCGAGGAGGACAUGUACUUGGAAGAGGAGGCGCUUCACAAAACAGUCCCGUUACUUUGGAGACUACUGAAAGCUGCGUUGUUCGCGACGACCAUCACAUUGAGGGGUGUGAUGAUUCGCACACUCGGCGACAAAACCUUAGCCGGAGAUGCUGUUGCGCCGGUCCUUGCUUCACAAGCGCUACAAACCCUUCGACACCUGUACUUCAUCACGUCUAGGCUUGGACCAGCAUCCUUCUCCCAACACACCUUUGUGUACCUCACUGCGAUUGACAUACUCUCAGCAUAUCCUAUGCACGCGGACAAGUUCCUCAAAUCAAUAGCCCCCCCGCAAUUAGGCCAAAUACCUCGACACCCUCUUGACCGUAUAUUGGACCUUUACUUCCUCAACACCGCGGAGCACUUCUCGUUAGUGCUCCCGACUGCUACGAACGAAGACCUUCUCGUGGCUUCGGCUGUGCCAUACCUCGCAGCUGGUGGCAACCACAAUAUGCUACCAAUUUUUGAAGCUGCCCACAGUGUAAUGUUGGCGGUCCUUUCUGCACCCCAGUCCGCCAAAAUCACCGCCAAACACCUCCCGUUCUAUAUUGACGCCCUAUUCAGUGUAUUUCCACAUAACUUAUCACCACGGCAAUUUAGGCUAGCAUUCAAAACCAUGAUGCGAGUCACAGCGCCUCCCUCCGCCAUCUCAGCAUCCCACCCAGAUCUCUCCGCUACACUUAUGGAGCUUGUAUACCACCGUGCUCUCAAUGCGCCAACAGAGCCUUUGCCUCCAGACGAAUCAACCCUUGCGCUACAAGGCUCAGAUGCGCCUCCUCCAGCCUUGUCCGAACAAGCCGUACUCACGCUGACACUGCUCGACGCUCUGCCUUUCCUCCCUAUCCCACUCUUGGAGGAAUGGAUGCCUCUUUGUGCAGAGCUACUGAACACGAUCGACGAUUUUGCGAUGAGAGAGACUGCUAAGGCACACUACUGGGCGGUGCUCGUGAGCGGUGAGAUGGACCCUGAGCGCAGCGGCUCUGCUGUGGCUUGGUGGGGAACUCGAGGUGGCCGUGAAAUGGUACUUUUCGGACGGGAGAUGGAGCAUGAGAACAUGAUGAGCGGAGCACUACCACCCGAGGGUACACCGAGGGAAAGCAAGCUUUAA